AUGGACAGGGUGCAACGACAAAACCAAUUGACAGCGACUAUAAGCGACUUAAGGGAGGUCAUUACUACCUGGACGGGUAAGAUGAGGAUUGCCCAUAUGAAGCCGGUUGGCUUGAUUCUUGUAGGAAUCUCCAAGAGUGAUACGGUGAAUGCCAUUCAUCAGCCUCCAUUUUCAUUGUUUUGA